GCUAAUUCCUCACACAGCUGAGGAGCAGGAAGCGUCUCACAGGGGGAAGGGGCGGAGCUAAGGAGUACUGCUGCUCUGAGCAGUAGAACAGGCUUGGGAUGGUCCAUUAUUUGAAGGGGUGCUGACCAUAAGAUGGAAGCCUUUUAUAAGCUUAUUGCAGGUUCUCAAAACAAUAGAUAUACAUGUGGCAAGAGAAUAUCUUUUAUUAUCUACAAGUACAAGUACAAGGGAGGCAAACACCCCGCUUGCCCCUAUGUGUGACGCUCCUCACACCCCCAUUGAUCUGAGCGGCUCUAUAGCGCCCCCUGAUGUCAAGUUAAAUCUCGGCGGAGACUUCUCCAAGGAAUCCACGGCCAGCACCUUCCUGCGGCAGAGAGGCUACGGGUGGCUCAUGGAGGUUGAAGAGAACGACCCCGAGGACAACAAGCCCCUCUUGGAGGAACUGGACAUCGACCUCAAAGACAUUUACUAUAAAAUCCGCUGUGUCCUGAUGCCCAUGCCGUCCCUCGGGUUCAACAGACAGGUGGUACGAGACAACCCAGAUUUCUGGGGACCCCUCGCCGUCGUCCUUUUCUUCUCCAUGAUUUCCUUGUAUGGGCAGUUCCGAGUGGUGUCCUGGAUCAUCACAAUAUGGAUAUUUGGAUCACUGACAGUGUUCCUGCUUGCGAGGGUAUUGUCUGGAGAGGUGUCGUACGGGCAAGUGCUGGGAGUCAUAGGAUAUUCCCUGCUGCCCUUGAUUGUCAUUGCGCCUGCACUGCUGCUGCUUCGCCCCUUUGAAAUUGUCUCCACUGCAAUAAAGCUCUUUGGGGUAUUCUGGGCUGCAUACAGCGCUGCUUCUUUAUUGGUCGGGGAGGAGUUUAAGAGCAAGAAGCCCCUUCUGAUUUACCCCAUCUUCCUGUUGUACAUCUACUUCCUGUCUCUCUACACCGGCGUGUGAUUGGCUGAGAUGUGUAUGUUUGUGUAUGGAUCUAUGGAUACUGGAUUGGUGAUGGCCGGACUCCGGGACAAAGCUCUGGGUGACACAGAAGUGAUUACAAUUAAACCCCAAUUUGUGUCCUGGGGGCCCUACUGCAUAUUGUGGUGCAGGCUCCUGGGAUAUUAAAAGGAUCUACAAGGAAAGUCUCAUGAUACUUUUACAUGAACACAAAUCAAAAAGUCUUCUCUUCACCACACUGACACACGUGAGCCAAUCGGCUGCUCAGUAUAAGGUAUAUGGCUGAGAGAAGUGGUCCGUAUAAAUAAAACUGUAUCUAGGCCAUUGCUUCAGCCAGUGCAGGAGGGCCGCAAGUUGUGUAAUGUAAAUAAAGAGUUAAAUGUAUGAUAAUCUUCAUGUGGCACUGGUGUUACUGGUUCCUCCUGCGUUUUCAGUCUUGCCUUAGUGACCAUUGUCUCUCGCUGGCUGUGCACAGUCCUCCUGUUGUUUUAUAACCCCCCUCCCCAUGUGGCAUGGACUAUUCCACACCCAGGAAAGCUUAUUGGAAGGUCACACAUUGCAGAUCCUGCCCUCCUGAUUGUGGGACCUGCCAUCACAUGUGCCCUUAGCCGUAAAGGGGUGCUUCACCUUUAUGUUAACUUUUAGUAUGUUGUAGAAUGGCUUAUUCUAAGCAACUUUUCAGUUGGUCUUCAUUAUUUAUUUAUUUUUACUUUUUGAAUUAUUUGCCUUUUUCUUCUGACUCUCUUCAACUUUCAAAUGGGGGUCACUGACCCCAUCUAAAAAACAAAUACUCUGUAAGGCUACAAAUGUAUUGUUAUUGUUACUUUUUAUUCCUCAUCUUUCUAUUCAGGCCUCUCCUAUUUAUAUUCCUGUCUCUUAUUCACAUCAGUGCAUGGUUGCUAGGAGAAUUUGGACCCUAGCAACCAGACUGCUGAAACUGCAAACUGGAGAGCUGCUGAAUAAAAAGCUAAAUAAGUCAAAAACCACAAAUAAUAAAAAAUGAAAACCAAUUGCAAA